AUGGUGAGUCGUGACUUCUUCUGGACCCGCCAGUAUGAGAUUGUGCGCAAAUACAAUCGCGCUUGCGAAGUUUGUCAACGGGUGAAGCCUAGUCCUUCAUCCCGCGCACCCUUGCAGCCUCUUCCGAUUCCGGAAGAGUGUUGGCAGUCCGUAUUGAUGGACUUGGUCUUCGGGUUUCCCAAAGACGCUAACCAGAAUACUGGUAUUCUUGUGUUUGUUGAUCAGUUCAGCAAGAUGGUACAUCUUGUUGCUGUACCGGAGUCAAUCACAGCCCCGGACUGUGCUCGUGUCUUCAUCGAUACGAUCUUCCGACUUCACGGGUUACCCCGUGAACUCGUGUCUGAUAGGGACCCCUGCUUCACAGCGGAGUUCUGGCAAUCCGUGUUCCUUUCAGUUGGAACACGUUCGAAGAUGUCGACUUAUGACCAUCCAGAAAUAGAUUGUCGGACGGAACGCGUCAACCGCGUUCUCGAAGAGAUACUUCGAGGGUAUGUCCACUCGUUUACGAGCUGGAUUGAGUUUUUGCCGAUGGCGGAAUUCGCCAUCAACAAUUCGGUGCACGCGUCGACACCGCAUACACCGUUCUUCGUGAAUGGCCUACGCCAUCCACAUUUACCCGUUUUCUAA